AUGACCCAAUGGAAAUUGGACUUACAAAAAUCUAUCACAGACCUCUCUGCCCAGGUCAAUACUCUACAGGCCAUACAUGAGUCUAUAGAUCUUUUCUUUGAGCGCUUGUUUGUGCACGACAAGGCUCUAGGAGACAAUGCUAUGUUGGUCUACCAUAUAAAAGGGUUUGCGUCGGUGCUAGUGAUGGUACAGAAUGCGCAAGGAGAUGUUGCCCCACCGUCGAAACCUCUCGUGGCCUUCUCCGCUGGUCGAUGGGGGGACAGAUAUGAGUUAGGGGGCUACGUUGGCGGCCGUUAA